UCAGUCUUCUUCAGACACAUUCUCUCUCUGUGCAGCUGCAGACACCAGCUCCGCGAUGCUCGCGUUCAUGUGGAUUACAGGGCUGCUGUGGAGCGCCGCGAGCGCUGACGCGAGGAAACCCGCCGACGAGUUCUUCAGCGCGAGCGUGUUCCGCGCGAGGUGCGCGUCGCGAUGCCUCAGCCUGCACAUCACGCGCAUUUCUGCCGCUUUCAAACAUUUCCAGAGCAAUGGAUCAUUGGUUUGGUGUCAGAAUCACAAGCAGUGUUCAAAGUGUCUGGAGCCAUGCAGGGCAUCAUGGGACCUGAAGGAGAACCAGUGUCAGGACUUGUGUGAGACUCAGUUCCCGAAGAAGCACUACGAGUGUUUGACGAGCUGUGAGUUCCUGCGCUCCGUCCAGACGCUGAAGCCGGGGGACUGUCCCGCUCCGGAGCGAGCGAGUGGAUUCGCCGCUGCGUGUGUGGAGAGCUGUGAAGCAGACGCCGAGUGCACGGCUCUGAAGAAGUGCUGUCCCAACGGAUGCGGACACACCUGCCAGACCCCCAAGAACCCUUAUAAAGGAUCUCCUCUGAAGCCACGGAAGGAGCUGUUGUUUGUGGAGCAUGCGUCAGGACUGCUGGAGAUUCGCUGGUCUUCCCGAUUUAACGUCUCUGUGGAGCCGGUGCUUUACGUGCUGCAGCGCCGCUGGAACCUGGGCAUCCAUCCCAGCGAAGACGACGCUACGCCGUGGCAGGACAUCGCACAGGUUGCUGUAGAGCGUGCGCUGCUGAGCGAUGUGCGGCCGAGCAGGUGGUAUCAGUUCCGUGUGGCAGCGGUGAACGUUCACGGCACGCGUGGCUUCACGGCUCCCAGCAAACACUUCCGCUCCUCCAGAGACCCGUCUCCUCCUCCAGCUCCGUCUGGACUGAGUGUGUCUAACAUCACAGAGGGACCUGACGGUCUGCUGACGGCCCGGAUCAGCUGGACUCUCCUCACAGAGCCUGACCUCCCUGUCCAUCACUACAAGAUCUACUGGAGCUGGACCAUCCCGGGGAAAUCACUCGCCCCGUCCCGGAGGAAGAGGAGGAAGACCAGUGAUGGGGCCAGAAGCUGGGUGGAUCUGGACGGUCUUCAGGUCAACAGCAGCUACAGUGUGCAGGUCCAGGCCGUCUCUUACUGGGGUCAGAUCCGACUGAAGAGCAACAAAGCCUCCGUCCAGUUCAGCACACAACUGCACAACCAGACAAAGGCUGUAUCUAAGCCGAGGAGACUGGACACUGAUCUGGGUUUGGUGUCGAUGAAGAGAGCCGCUGGAGCUCUGGAGGUCGGCACACCGUAUUACCAGGACACACAGCUACAGGUCCGCAUCUACUGGAAGAAGAGAGGAGAUGCGGCAGUGAACCGCUAUCACGUUCAGUGGACGCCGGAGUACUGCAGUCACAACCGAAGCGGAGCGCCGCAGAAAUCUCUGACUCAGGAGAACUUCAUCAAUCUCCCCGGUCUGCUGUUCUCCUGUAAGUACAGGGUCACCGUUCACACGCUCAGCGCUAAACGUCGCUCUAAAGACGAGAGCGUCAGCUUCCUGACCCCGUCCUGCGCGACUCUCCAGAGCAAGAGCACCAAACCCAUCGCCUGUCCCGGAGACACACCGCCGCCGAAGGUUUUAGUGAAGCCUGAGAAUCUGACGGCGUCCUUCAGCUUCGGCGACGGUAACGUGACGGCUCGUUUCGUCUGGAGCGUGUCGCGGGCGCAGCCGCUUCGCCCCGUCACGGGCUUCCAGGUCACAUGGGCGGAGGUCUCCAGCGCGAGCCGCCCAAACAGUCUUCCCAACAGCAUCAUCUCCCAGUCUCAGAUCCUGCCACCUGAUCGUAACUUUCUGGUGGUGCACCACCUCCGGCCGGCCACUUUCUACAGGUUAGAGGUUCAGGUGAUAACCUCGGUGGGAGAAGGACCUGUGACAAAGAAGAUCUUCCAGACGCCGCUCCAGCAAAAAGCUCAUCUUCAUCAUCAUCAUCAUCAGCAGCAGCAUCAGAAGUCUUCAGCUGAGAAACACUGAAAUGAUCAGAAGACGCAACACAGCGUGCAGCUAAUCGCAGCUUUCGACAGACGCGAAACCACAGAUAUUCAACGCCUCACCCUCGUUCUCUACUCACGCUCUGCGGGUUUCAUUGCAACAACCUGGAACUCUCGAGCAACAGCAGUGUUUUAUGAGUGAAUUUACACCAUUUCAGAAAGUUAAUGUCAACGGCUGAAGUAAAUCUUGGCAAUUUAGUCAUACUACAGUCAUAAGUUUACACCCCACUUUCAGAAUCUGCAAAAUGUUAGUUGCUUUACCAAAAUUAGAGGGAUCAUACAAAAUGCAUGUUAUUGUUUAUUUAUUACUGCCCUGAAUAAGAUAUUUCACAUAAAAGAUGUUUACAUGUAGUCCUCCACAGAAAAUAAUUGUUGAAUCUUGAUCUUUAAAUUCAAAAAGUUUUCACCCCCCAGCUCUUAAUGCAUGGUUUUUCCUCUUAAGAUCAUACAGUCAUUGAUGGAAAGGGUUCAUAGGGUUUUUCUGAAGAACAGCAGACAGUUUAACAGUUCAGAUUAAACAAGGGACUCAGUAUUAAGAAUCAAGGGGGUGAAAACUUUUGAACGGGUCUUUUUUUGUCUCUUCAGUGGACUAUAUGUAAACAUCUUUUAUGUGAGAUAUCGUAUUCAAGGCAGUACUAAAUAAACAAUGACAUGCAUUUUGGUAAAAUAACUAACAUUUAGCAGAUUCUGAAUGGGGAAUGUAAACUGUUGACCUCAACCGUAUAUGAAAUCUAGGUACAUUUUAAUGGAAGAAUGGGAGAUUGUGGAGAAACUACAGUGUAUCAGUUUGAUAUCAAAGAACAUUCAGCAUUAACAGAGCAAAGGCUGAUCCGAUGAUGCAUGUCAAACCUUCACUUAUUCAGUCAUUAUUUGCUCGCUUUCAUGUCAUUGCAAAAGCAUGUGCUGUUUAUUUGUGAAGAACCUUAAUGCGGCUCUUUUCCAUUUAGCAUUUCCCAAAAGCAUCAUAAGCCUAACUAGAUUGCAGAAAUCAUUGGUGCCAAUGUUUUUUGACGAUCAACUAAGUCUUAUGAUGCUUUUGGGAAAUGCUUAGCUCAUAACUCUAAACAACAUGAGUGUGAUUAAAUAAUUUCAUUUUUGGUUGAACUCUUCCUUUGAUUGGUCGUAAACGAUCCGUCCAAUUGUUGCAUCUUAUUAAUAUGUUAGCAAUAUUUCAUUAAAGAUUAACAGAGUGUUUUGUUUAUUAAUGACUACAUACGCGUUUUAUGAUGAAGUGAAAAGGUUAAACUGUUUAUGUUCUUGGCUGUAGAGAUAAUUGUUGUGGCAGUCAGUGAAUGUUGAUGUUGAUAUUUAUUUAUGUGUGUAUUGCAACGCUUCAUUCGUAUGUGUGUGUGUGCGUGUGUGUUUUUGUGUUUCCCCAUGUAUUAGAAAGGCAUUGUUUUUUAAAGACAACUUCUUGUAAAGACAUAAUGUAAAAAAGUGAAUUGUACAUAUAGUCAUAUGUUCCGUUAUUUCCUGGAUAGAACCUGUACAUACUUUUAAAUAAUAAAGUAAUCCCUCUACUCCUUCA